GGAAAGGAGCUACUAUAAAUAAGAGGCGAGUGUUGAGAUAUAAUUGCAUCCCAAAGUUGAUGAAUCUCAUGGCGUCAAUGGAGUUUCUCAUUCUUCCUCUUUUUGCUGUAUUUUGUAUGAUUUUGGGAGGAAGCAAUGCUUCUGUACCUUCUGAGGAGUAUUGGCAUUCCAAGUUACCAAAUACUCCAAUUCCUGCUGAACUUCAAAAACUCAUCCAACCUGCUGCAGAACUUGGAGGCAAGUUUUCCUUCUGGGAUAUGGGCUUCAACAAUGACCAAUCUUUGCUUCAAGCUAUGGAUGAUAAGAGGUCUAAAUAUGGAAAAAGAUAUGAUGCAUCAUUUUCAGAAAGUGUAGACGAUAAAAGGUCAAAAUAUGGAAAAAGAUACGAUGCUGCAUUUGAAGAAGGGACGAAUGACAAGAGAGAAAAGUACGGAAAAAGAUACGAUGCUGCAUUUGAAGAAGGGACGAACGACAAGAGAGAAAAGUACGGGAAAAGAUACGAUGCUGCAUUUGAAGAAGGAACGAACGACAAGAGAGAAAAGUACGGGAAAAGAUACGAUGCUGCAUUUGAAGAAGGAACGAACGACAAGAGAGAAAAGUACGGGAAAAGAUACGAUGCUGCAUUUGAAGAAGGAACGAACGACAAGAGAGAAAAGUACGGAAAAAGAUACGAUGCUGCAUUUGAAGAAGGAACGAACGACAAGAGAGAAAAGUACGGGAAAAGAUACGAUGCUGCAUUUGAAGAAGGAACGAACGACAAGAGAGAAAAGUACGGGAAAAGAUACGAUGCUGCAUUUGAAGAAGGAACGAACGACAAGAGAGAAAAGUACGGGAAAAGAUACGAUGCUGCAUUUGAAGAAGGAACGAACGACAAGAGAGAAAAGUACGGGAAAAGAUACGAUGCUGCAUUUGAAGAAGGAACGAACGACAAGAGAGAAAAGUAUGGGAAAAGAUACGAUGCUGCAUUUGAGGAAGGAACGAAUGACAAGAGAGAAAAGUACGGAAAAAGAUACGACGCUGCAUUCGAAGAGGGAACGAAUGACAAGAGAGAAAAGUACGGAAAAAGAUACGAUGCUGCAUUUGAAGAGGGAACGAACGACAGGAGAGAAAAGUACGGGAAGCGAUAUAAAAUUGGUUUCAAGAAGCAUGCUCUUCCUAACUCAACUGUAUUCUUUCUACAAAAGGAUCUACAAGUUGGCCAGAAGAUGAAGCUUCAUAUAACUAAAUCAUCAAACAAGGCUAAAUUCUUACCUCGUCAAGAUUCCGAAUCUAUGCCCUUUUCAAGCAAAAUAUUACCACAAAUCUUACAAAAAUUCUCGGUAAAACCCGAUUCGAUGCAAGCCAAGAUUAUAAAGCAAACAAUAGACGAUUGUGAGUCUUCAGCAAUCAAGGGAGAAGAAAGAUAUUGCCCUAAAUCCUUGGAGUCCUUGCUUGAUUUUGCUAUUCCAGUUGUUGGUAAUAAAACUCAAGUACUUUAUAAUGAAGUUGAGAGGCCAUCAAGGAUUCAAGAGUACACCAUUAUGGGAGUUAAAAUGGUCGGAGAAAACCAAGUAGUGUGUCACAAACAAAAGUAUCCUUAUGCUGUGUAUUAUUGCCACUCAGUAAGUGCCACCAAGGUAUACCAAGCUCCAUUAGUAGGUGCCGAUGGGCUCAAAGCCAAAGCUGUUGCAAUUUGCCAUUCAGACACUUCAAAUUGGAACCCACAGCACUUGGCAUUUUUGAUGCUCAAUGUCAAACCUGGUGAAGCAACUAUUUGCCACUUCAUUAGAAGUGAUACCAUUGUUUGGACAUCUAAUAAAUAAUUUCCUUAAAAUGUAUGUAUUAAAGUAUGAUGAUGUUGCUUAAAUAAGCCACUCUUGAAAGUGUGCAUGGUUUGUAUUCCCUUGUAUUAUUUACUUACGUAUGUAUAUAUGUUCUCUGCUUGUAAUAUGUAUAAUUGUGAUCUAUGUUCUAAUGAAGCGUUGUUUUAAUAUUA